GCAGUCGUCAGUGCCGCCUCGAGAUUCGGGCCGCUGGUUUCUCUGCAGUAGAGGUCUCAGUGCCCGUGGACGGAACGACUGUCUUAACCGAAGUUUUCUAGUGGUGGGCCACGUUGUCUUUCUAGGUAGCGAGCUGGACAGAGCUGUCUGGCCUUUAGCCCUUCAUCUUUGGUUAAGGAAAUGACCAACCAGUACAGUAUUCUCUUCAAACAGGAGCAAGCCCAUGAUGAUGCCAUUUGGUCAGUUGCCUGGGGGACAAAUAAGAAAGAAAACUCUGAGACCGUGGUCACAGGAUCCCUGGAUGACCUGGUGAAGGUCUGGAAGUGGCGUGAUGAGAAGCUGGACCUGCAGUGGAGUCUGGAGGGCCAUCAGCUGGGGGUGGUGUCUGUGGACAUCAGCCACACCCUGCCCGUCGCUGCAUCCAGCUCUCUUGAUGCUCAUAUUCGUCUCUGGGACUUGGAAAACGGCAAACAGAUAAAGUCUAUAGAUGCAGGACCUGUGGAUGCCUGGACUUUGGCCUUUUCUCCUGAUUCCCAGUAUCUGGCCACAGGAACUCAUGUGGGGAAAGUGAACAUUUUUGGUGUGGAAAGUGGGAAAAAGGAAUAUUCUUUGGACACAAGAGGAAAAUUCAUCCUUAGUAUUGCAUAUAGUCCUGAUGGGAAGUAUCUGGCCAGUGGAGCCAUAGAUGGAAUCAUCAAUAUUUUUGAUAUUGCAACCGGGAAGCUUCUGCAUACGCUGGAAGGCCAUGCUAUGCCCAUUCGCUCCUUGACUUUUUCCCCGGAUUCGCAGCUCCUUGUCACUGCCUCAGAUGAUGGCUACAUCAAGAUCUAUGAUGUACAACACGCCAACUUGGCUGGCACAUUGAGUGGUCACGCAUCCUGGGUGCUGAAUGUUGCGUUUUGUCCUGAUGACACACACUUUGUUUCCAGUUCAUCUGACAAAAGUGUAAAAGUUUGGGAUGUUGGAACAAGGACUUGUAUUCACACCUUCUUUGAUCACCAGGAUCAGGUCUGGGGAGUAAAAUACAAUGGAAAUGGCUCAAAAAUUGUGUCUGUCGGAGACGACCAGGAAAUUCACAUCUAUGAUUGUCCAAUUUAAACGUCAGUCCUCCAGGCUAAUGCUGCGAAAAGAAUGUAUAAAAUGAUCAUGACAUUCCUCACCUUUCUAGCUUGUUUAAAAGAAAUAUAGCAUUUAUUGUAGCAAAAAUUAAAUUUUGUAGAUACAGCAUAAACCUCAUGUUUUAUUGGAAAUGCCACUCAUACUUUAACAUAAAGUGUUCUUGAAGCAAA